GCAAAGUUGAAGUUCAAGGCCGGGAGAUCUGGUUCUGGCCAACCCCUCGCUGCUCCUCCCCCUGCCGUGCUCACUUCUGGAUUUGCCAUGGCGUCGACGAACACCAACCACCUCCUGCAAGAGCGCGUGUCGUAUAUCGCGUCGAUCACCCCCGCCGACACCAAGGACGCGGACGGGUUCAAGGAUGGCACGACGCCCCUCGACAUUGAAGGCGGAGCCCUCCGCGAAGGCGGCGCGCUCGACUACACGUCUGCUGAAGUGAUGACGCUGAUCUUUCAAUACGCUGUCGUCGGUGUGUGUUACGGCGGUCUCUCGAGCAUGAAGUACCCCGUGCUUACCAUGUUCUUUCGGCUCGAAGCUGCGACGCUCAGCUCGGCCACAGGUCUCAUGAGCUUGGGUUGGUCGUUCAAGGUUUUCUACGGCAUGCUUUCCGACUGCUUCCCCAUCAUGGGCUACAGCCGCAAACCGUACAUUCUGCUCGGGUGGAUUUUGACGGCGCUGUGCUUGGUCAUCAUUGCCGUGAAGCCGACGGGCGACGCCGUCAACGAUGACAGUUCGGCCGAAGACAACAAGACCGCGCAAUCCAACGGGUCGCUCCUUGCGUUGCUCUGCGCUGUCGCAUGCUUUUGCUACAUCAUGGCCGACGUCGCAUGCGACGCCAUGGUCGUGGAAUACGCCCAACGUGAACCCGACAACGUCCGCGGCCGCCUGCAAGCCACGAUCUACGGCACCCGUUUCUGCUUUCAAGGGUUGGCCACGGCUGUGUCUGGGUUCGGCAUGAGUUCGGCGCGUUACGGUGGCGAGUUUUCGUUCGACAUGAGCGUCAACGCGUUCUUUUGGAUCCUUGCUGUCCCGGUCUUGGUCAACAUUCCGUUGGUGUUUUUCUUCCUCAAGGACCGCAAGCGCGGCGCGAUUCACUUUGGCGUGUACUUCAGCGAAGUGUACGGAUUGAUCCAGAAGCGCGCGGUGUGGCAAGUCAUGUGCUUUAGCUUUUCGUUCAACCUGUUUUCGUCGGGCAUUACGUCGUGGGCUGGCAGCUACAUCCCGGUCUACUGGGCCAAGGUCGAGCCCAUCAACAGCUCGAUUGCCGGGAUCCUGUCGUACAUGCUCAUGGCGUUGACGCUGUUUGUCGUGGGCAAGUGGGGCACCAACUGGAGCUGGCGCUUCAUCUUGGUCAGCACGACCUUGACCGCGAGCGCCAUUGACGCCGUUGCUCAGUUCCUCACCAUCUACGACGUCGUGCGCAACCAGUGGUUCUACUUGGGUGUGCCGCUCACCGAAUACGUGCCGCUCGGCAUCCAGUUUGUCAUUUCGACGUUUGUGAUUGUCGAAUUGGCCGGCGACGGCAACGAAGGCCUCAUGUACGGGCUCCUGACCACCGUCGGCAACUUGCCGUCCGUGUUUGGCUCCAUGAUCACCAACGUGUACUGCACGCAGCUCAAGGUGUCCAAGGCCGACAUCAAGACUGACACGGACGAGGUCCGCAACCAAGCCGCGUACUCGUACUUGAUUGUGUACGCCACGACCAUCGUCGCAUGCAUGUGCACGCUUAUCUUGCCGCCCCAGAAAGCUGCCGUCAAGGAGCUGUUGACCAACGGGGGCAAGUACCCUAUCGUCGGGACCUUUGUCAUCAUCGCGGUGUUUGGUGUGCUGUGUGUGUCGGUCACCGCCACCUUGAUGUCCAUGUUCGAGUCGACGCAGUGCUACAUCUUGGCCGGUGGCUCUGGCUGCGAUUAAGUUGCGUAUCUGCUUUGCGUUCAUGCUGUAGCACUGUAAUACAUCUUUCGUGUUUUGUUUGAAUCGCUUUGCCCCCUGGUCGACGGAAGCGAACCCCCAUACCGAAGGCAAGUGCCAAUUUGACGUGGGCUGGCGGACGUGUACGAGUGAGUAGUUGGCUGCAAGUAGACUAUUGUCAUCGACCACGUAUGUCAGGAUGGCGAAUGGCCAGCCGCCAUUGCACCCCACGUUGCCACUCUCGACGGAGCAACUCGUCACUUGCUGCUCGGAUAGGUCCAGCAGCUCUUGUCACGAUGCGUGCGCCGGCUCCGCGGCACCCACGGCCGAGAACGCCCAGCAUGACACGCACUGCAUUUGGUCGCGCACGGGGUUGAUGCACUUGGCAGUGGUCCAGUUCAUCGACACCACCUUGACGUUGCUCGCGUUCAAGGCGGCCAUGAGGACCGCGCGGAACGCGCUUCGACGAAGGCACCCUCCAAGAACGUCUCGAACACAGCUUACGUCAACAGAGCAAAGGGGUGGUUGUGUAGUCGAACGUGGUGUCGCGGUUGAUGUGACCCUGGUCUCUUCGAUCGCGAGCUUGUCGUACCUCUGGAGCGUAUCGUUUUCUACCUCGAACGGGCUCGAGCUUUCGAUGGCGCGGGGCACCGACCCCACACGGCAACGGCAGAUCCAAACGCUUUGACCCACUUGCUCCACUCGGCGGGCAGCACGGAGUGCUUGGUGGCGGACGCCAAUUGAAUUCAUGGUACCAUGACAAGGAGGUCGACCGCAAAUCCCUCGCAAUUGUCACAGACCGGUGACACUUCCGAAUGCUGCGACAUCGAGAAUCUUGGCAAUGUUCGGCGUCGUGGGCAGCAUGUCUGUGUCAACAAGGGAGCGCCGACGGAGCCUCCUCGAGAUCGACACACGCAAUCGACGACCUUGCGGUCGGCUCGCCAUGCCACAAAACUAGUUGACAGUGAGCGAAGGCAUCCAACCUUCCUUGCUCAGCUCGCUGCCUU